UAGAGGCACAUUAGAGUGACAGAGCAAAGAGAGACUGAGACAGUGUGCGACUUGGGAGAGAGGGAAAACACAAAACAAAGCAAAUCAAAGCAAACUGUUACCCCAUGCCAUCCUCUCUCAAUCUCUCACCACAGCUUCAGUUCUCUUAGCCAUCAUUUGAUUCUUUUCUUGUGUUGUUGUUUCCCGCAAUGCCCCAAUCAAAUCAUAUCAUGGGUCUACAAUUCUGAAAUCAAAACACACACGAAUCGUAGGUCUACUACUAUCUCCCUUCACCUUUUUGAAUAUCUCUUGAAUCUCUCUCUAUCUCUACCCAUAAUCCCAAUACUUUUCUUUUUCUUUUUUUAAGAAAAGACGCAUAAUUUCCACGCUUUUCUUUCUCCCCCACUCCUUUUCCUCACUGCUUUUCAAGUUUCAACCCAAAAGAGAAAAUGCAAUCAUUCACAUCCAUUUUCUUCUUCACUUCAUUACUCCCUCUACUUCUUCUCCCCAUCUCACAUGCCGGUAUUCUCUCGGAACCGGUUAGCGACCCCAACCAGCCGGUCGAACCGAGCGAAAACCCUUCUUCCUCCAACACCGUCCCCGCCUUCCCGGUUCAAACCCAGACCCUCCCAUGCCGCCUCGACCUCUCCAACGAACUCUUCGGCGGCGUCAACGCCGCCUGCGGCAAAAACCUCGACCGCAGCCGCUGCUGCCCCGUUCUGGCCGCCUGGCUCUUCGCCGCACACGCCCGGUCCGCCCUCCAGCUCCCUCCCGCUCCCGCACCGUCUCCCUCCUCGUCGUCCAGCUCCUCCGGCGAGCUUCCGAUGAUGCCGGACGAUUCACAGAAGUGUGUUAACUCACUCCAGGACUCGCUGGUGAGCCGGAACAUAAGGAUCCCUCAGCCGAAUGCGAGUUGCGACGCCAUUCUGUGCUUCUGUGGAAUCAGGCUUCAUCAGAUAAGCUCGCUGAGUUGCCCCGCUGCGUUUAACGUUUCGGUUACUCAUCGAAACGCAACGCCGACUGUUGCCGUUCGUGACUUGGAGAAGAAUUGUCGUAACGCUUCUUACGCUGGUUGCACCAAGUGCCUUGGUGCCCUACAAAAGCUAAAGGGUUACAAGAACGAGACGAAGGGAGGCGGAGGGGGUGAAUCUUCAAGGGUAAAGAGGAUGUUCAACCGUGACUGUCAACUAAUGGGGCUGACGUGGCUUCUCGCUAAGAAUAAAACGGCAUACAUACCUACCGUUUCGGCCGUUUUGCGGGCAAUCAUGUACAGCGCGCACCCACACGAAUCAAAAUGUAGCCCCGAUCAAGAGAACAUGCCACUGGCCGUUGAUUCCCUCCAGUUCGACACAGGCCACGCCCCAUCCUGGCCGUCCAAUUCCUUGGUCACCAUCAUUCUCAUUUUUUAUGCCCUUUUUGUUUAGGGAAACAAAGAAGGGGUCCCUCCUUAUGAGGGUACUUUUUUAUUCUCUCUUAUGGCCGUGUUUCUUGGUUGUUUGGAUCACGUGAAGGGUGAGCUAAUGGACAAAACCAGCGAUGAGAUUAGGAGUGGUUUGGUUCUGACACUUUUUUGGCUUAGUUUUGGAUGGGGGGUUGGGUUUGGUGUCUAGCUAGCUUGAUCACUGUAAAUUUCAGGAUUCAGAUUCCAUUGACAUGUCCUCUAUAUCUGUACAUGAUGGGUGCUAGUAAAUACCAGGCCUCACAUUUUGCAUUGUAAAAAAGUGCCUUUUUCCCAA